AUGAACCUAAUUAUAUUUUUUCUGAUCCUAUCUGUAAGGCUGGCAUCGCAGUUCAUUGAACACAAAACACAUCCUUUGGAAAAGCCGAAUUUCAUUGAAACUGGACAUCCAAUCCUAACUGCAGUUGAAAUUUUAACAGGAGCAAAUGACGGUAGGAAGGAGGCCAACUUUGGUGGAGGGAAUCUUGGAGCCUAUUACAACUUUAUGUACCCUGAUAACACAGAUUAUCCUUGGGCUUGCCUUUGCAAUAUGGAAGACUUCAAACUUUGGCAAAUGAAAAAGCAGCCAUAUGUGCGGUGCAGGAACCAAGAGGAUCUAUCAUACCAGGACAUUCAAGCCAAUUGUGACCCGAGAAACAUGGCGAAUUAUGAAGAUGUGGCAACGGAAUACAUACUUUUCAAUACCUUUUGA